GGGCUCCUCCAGGAUAGAGGAAGCAUGCGACAUCUACGCCCGAGCAGCCAACAUGUUCAAAAUGGCCAAAAACUGGAGCGCCGCGGGGAAUGCCUUUUGCCAGGCGGCCCAGCUCCACCUGCAGCUGCAGAGCAAACACGACGCCGCCACCAACUUCGUGGACGCGGGCAACGCCUUCAAGAAAGCCGACCCGCAAGAGGCCAUUAACUGUUUGAUCAGAGCCAUCGAGAUCUACACAGACAUGGGUCGGUUCACCAUCGCCGCGAAACACCACAUAUCCAUAGCGGAAAUCUAUGAGACGGAGCUGGUGGAUAUCGAAAAGGUAAAAACACCGGAGGGGGAGAGCGGAGGGGAACGCCGGGGGGGGGCGGCCCGCAGCUCGGCCAACAAGUGUUUGCUGAAGGUGGCCACCUACGCGGCCCAGCUGGAGCAGUACCAGAAAGCCGUGGAGAUCUACGAGCAGGUGGGCACCAGCGCCAUGGACAGUCCCCUGCUCAAGUACAGCGCCAAGGAGUACUUCUUCAAGGCCGCCCUCUGCCACUUCUGCAUCGACAUGCUCAACGCCAAGGUGGGGGACGGGACGGGACACGGG